AAUGGUUAGGGUUUCCUUUAUUAAAAUUUUAUUUAUGCAUCCUUUCUUAUUAUAUGAAGGUUGUGUAUAAAACCCUGGAGCUGAUUGUAUUAAUAUUGGAUGGACUAAUGGAAAUCGUAUUGUUGAAUGCGCAGGAAAAUAUUAUGUAGGAGAUUUUACAGGAGGAUAAAAGGUAUCAUAAAUAUUUCCAUGUCCCCCAGAGAGAAAACUAAUAUUGUCAUUUACUAUUGCUAAAUUUGAUUCUUGGGAUUAGGAAUCUGUAUUUAUAUAUGUAGAUAAUGAACUUAUUGGCAAAAUUACUUAUUCUCCUUUUGAAGGAUCAUAAAUUUGUUUAAAUUCUUUUUAUCCAGAUUUAAUGGAGAAGAAAUCAUAUUAAUUUGUAUCACCAAUUGGAUAGAAUAGUUUUAAGUUGCUAUUUGAUGAUAACUUAUAAUCAUUUGAUAUAGGUAAUUAAUACUUUUUCUUGUAGAAUCUUGGGGAUUUAGAGAUAUAAGAUUAUAAAUUUUAAAUCCUUGUGUUGAUUUCUAUAGUGAGUGCAAUUUUUUAGGAGAUAUGUGGAGAAUAUGUGCUGGAAAUUAGACUCUUUUUGUAAAAUUUGUUCCUUUUAAAAUAAAAUCAAUUAAUAUUUUAUAAGGGAUUAGUGUGUAAAUGAAAGACUCAAGAUAUAAUGGAGGAACUCUAUAGACAUAUAAUUCAAAUCAAACUUGUUUAGAUGAUUUUAAUGUAAUUUAUUAUCAUAAACCAUUUUUUUUAGUUUCCAAAAUAUUAAAAAUAAUCUUGAAUAUGAUAAUUCUGAAUAUAUAAUUAAUAUUUAAUUAAUACAGAAAAUAUUCUUGA